CACACACACACACACACACACACAUACAUAUAUGUAUAUGUAUAUAUACACAUAUAAAUAAAUAUAAAAAAGUAGACAUUAAUCUCUGUUGCAUGUUUUUGAGAAUAGUACUUAAGAAGUAAUGUAUAAGUAGCACAUUCCUAUAAACAAAAUAUAAUAAUACAACUGAUGCCUUUUCUUAUUUUUUAUUUUUUAUUUUUAUCAUUGCUGUGACAUUGCAAGACAUAGACUAUAAACAUGAAAAUGAGCUAAUUAAUAAUGAUCAAAACCCAACCUUUUCUUUUAAAUUUGAUUAAACAAUUAUUUUUACACUUAUUUUUAGAAGAGGUGAUAUUACUAUUUGAAAUCCUUCACUGUUGCAUGAAUUCUUUGAUUUUAAAAUCAGAAAUUUGGCAUUAAUCAUAUGCAUGGUUCAUAUCAGUUAUAGUACCUGAAAUAAAUUGACAGUGUCAUGGAGAAGAUAUGUGCAGAAGUGGAUUUUGUAAUUGAAUGGUGGUAUUUGACACUCGCAGGUCAGAGAGGAGUGUGUGACGUCCAGAGUCGUCCUCAUAUCCUAAACUAAAUUACACGAAGGACUUAAAAUAGCUCCGGUUUAGUGUUUGCUCCAUUAGGAUGUGUCAGGGGUUUGUAGAUAAGUUCAUGACCUCACCUUUUUGCAUCUAACCCUUUUCUGUUCCCUAUUAUUAAUUGUUUAUUGAACUGAUGUGAUUGUGGAGGUAUAAAAGUAAGAAAUGAGGUUGGAGUUCUCACACAGCUUCAGUAUUAUCAGACUAAAUACAGAUACUGUGCUCAUCGGCAUCAUGAUCAACGAGCGUCUCCUGAUUCUCACACUCACCUGCUAUGUCUUACUCUGGAUCGGAAACUGCGAAGAUUUAGUCGAGAUCCGUUCAGUUGAAGAUGACAUCAAGGCGCAGGAGGAAAAAGAGCUGAUCGAAGCUCUUCAGGAAGUCCUUGAAAAACUGAGGAAUAAACAAAAUCCAUCCACUGAGAAGAGGUUAGGCUGGGUUCCUUCGUGUGACGCAGGUGAGCAGUGUGUCAUUCGUAAAGGUGCUCGUUUUGGGAAGGUGUGUACCUGUCCUGGUGGAACCACGUGCAGCUUCUCCAUCCUGAAGUGUCUGUGAGACGAUGUGGCUUUUCUCCUUUCCUAUAUCUCCCAGCUGUAAAUAGUGGCAUCCAUAAAUUAAAUAAAUGCAUUUUAUAAAUA